AGCAUGUUUAGCGUUUUGCCUAAAUGAUGAUUGAAAAUUGAAUGUAAUAAUUUUUUUUUCACAAAGUUAAAAAUAAAUUUUUUCGAAGCAGAAUUUCGGUGUCAUUCUGUAAAUUCUGUAAAUCUUUGAAUGUGCUUUGCUUCUGAAGUUCUUGAUUUACUCCAUUUGUUUGAUUUGUCUGUACAAUUUUCUUUUUUCGGUGUGUCCAGAAUUUUUUCAAAAAAAAAAUAAAGGUUUUGCAACGAUAAAAAUGAAAACAUUAUCAUCGGAAAAGGAAAAUCUUCUUAAAAGUCAUAUUUGUGAUCUUUAUGAAAGAGUCAAUUAUUACAACGUAAAUCCAACCGAUCCAUUGAAAGAAAAUGAUCAAAUUGAAGAUUCAAUUAAGAGCAUAAUUGAAAUUGAAAAAGAAAUUGCUGUCAGCUUACCAAAACGUAGUGAAAAUUGGAAAGAAUUUCAUGAAUGGUGUUUGAAAAAUCAAAUUCCAUCGGACCGAUUUGAAAUUAAAAAACUGAAAAAUGAUGAAUAUGGAUUAUUUGCCCUAAAUAAUCAUAAAGAAAAUGAUGUCCUUUUUCGGAUUAAUCGUAAAGCAUUUAUGACUAAUGAAACGGCAACCUCCGAUAUUAAACUAAAUCAAUUUACACAAGAUGUUAUCUUUAAACAUAUGCCCAAUUUAAUUUUAACAUUUCAUCUGUUAUCCGAAUUGAAUAAACCAAAUUCAUUUUGGAAACCAUACAUAAAAACUCUGCCAACAUCAUAUUCAACAAUUCUGUAUAUGGUACAAGAGGAUUUAAUUCAACUGCGUGGUAGUGCAUUACUUGAUGAAGUUGUUAAAUUUAAACGUAAUGUUGCUCGACAAUAUGCUUAUUUUUGGAUGAAAAUCUCUAAUGAACGUAAUAAAUCAUUUGGCAAUUUUACAUAUGAAAUUUAUCGAUGGGCACUAUCCACCGUAAUGACUAGACAGAAUUCGAUACCAUCAAAAGCGGAUAAAAAUCAAACAACAUUUGCAUUGAUACCAUUUUGGGAUCUUUGUAAUCAUAAAGAAGGAAAAAUGGUAACCGAUUUUGAUCCAACCACGGAUGAUUUGGUUUUUUAUUCAAUGAAAGAUUAUAAAAAAGGUGAUGAAAUUUUUAAUUGUUAUGGUAGCCGUAGUAAUUCGGAUUUUUUCCUACACAAUGGUUUUGUUUAUGAUAAUCAUCCUUGUAAUACUGUACGUGUUAAAAUUGGCAUAAGUAAACAAGAUCCACAAUUUUCACUGAAAGAUACAUUAUGUCGUAAAAUUGAUAUCGAUACUAAUGGUUAUCAUGAAUUGGAACAUAAAUCAAAAGGAUUAAAUCCAAGAAUUUUGGCUACUAUUCGAAUUUUUUUCCUUGAUAAUGAGGGACUAGAAAAAUGGAUCAAAUCAAAAAAAUCCGAAUCAUUAUUCGAUGAAAAAUGUACCGAUUUACAAUAUUUAAACGAUAAGGUAAAAGAAUUCCUGUCAAUGCGUUGUAAAUUAUUACUAAAACGUUAUCCACAAAUUGAUAAAUUUCGUAAUGAAAAUAUUGAAAAUAUUGUUAAAAAAGAAAAACAAAUUUUAGAAAGUUAUUUAAUGUGAAUUUUGUAUUUUCAUUCAUG